UGGGGAUUUUGAUUUAAGAGCAAGUUUUCCCCAGGAUGUCUUUUAUAUCUAUUUCUCUAUUCUGAUAUCAAACUCAGCCAAGAUGAAUUCGGCAAUUCAACCAGGAGGAACUCCAGACAGCGACUCUCUCAAGCCAGAAUACAAUGAGGUGGAAACUCCAAACACCUCCAAUGAAGAGUUGGGCCCUCCCAUAUUCGAUGCAGCUGCAACAAAGAGACUUCUGAGAAAGCUGGAUAUCCGCCUCUUACCUUUCCUCGCUCUUCUCUAUUUACUGAGUUUUCUGGAUCGAACAAAUAUCGGAAAUGCCCGUCUCUUUGGCCUUGAAGAUGAUCUCGGCAUGUCAGGGAUUGACUACAACAUUGCCCUUGCCAUCUUCUUCCCGACAUAUGUAAUCGCAGAGGUCCCUUCCAACAUGAUGAUCAAGCGGCUGUCGCCAAGUUUUUGGCUGACUUUCAUCAUGGUUGCUUGGUCCGCUGUUGUUAUUGGCAUGGGAUUCGUGACCAACUUUGCAGGUCUACUUGCAACACGAGCUAUUCUUGGUCUUGCCGAAGGUGGAUUAUUUCCUGGUGUCUCAUACUACAUUACUUUAUGGUAUCCUCGGCACGAGUGUGGCUUCCGUCUCGCCCUUUUCUUCUCAGCAGCCACAGCAGCAGGUGCGUUUGGAGGAUUACUCGCUGCUGCUAUUGGAAACAUGGCAGACGUGGCUGGUAGAUCUGGUUGGUCUUGGAUUUUCAUCAUUGAAGGUCUUCUUACCAUUUUUGUCGCUGCAUUCGCGUAUUGGAUUAUAGUUGAUACACCCGAUUCCGCAAAAUUUCUAAACAAGGAAGAAAAGCUCGAGAUCAAUAGAAGACUGGUUCACGAUAGAAGCGACCUGGCAGACGAAUUCGACAUGCAAUACUUCUGGGAUGCUAUGAAAGAUUGGAAAAUAUACGCCCAUAUGCUCAUCACAAUCGGGAUCUACACGGCUGUCUAUUCCCUUUCCCUGUUCCUCCCCACCAUUAUACGGAAUAUGGGAUACACAAAUGUGCAGGCCCAACUGCUAUCGGUUCCCCCGUAUGUUCUUGGCUGCAUAGUUACCAUUGGCACAGGCUACUACGCGGAUAAGUUGAAAAAGCGUGCAAUUUUUAUGCUCGCCUGCUCUGGAACGGCUAUCAUUGGAUGGGUAAUGCUCAUCUCGACAACUAUCCCAGGAGUUCAGUACACUGGAACCUUCUUGGCAUGUCUUGGAAUAUUCCCAUGCGUACCACUUGGUGUUGCUUGGAAUGGUAACAAUAUUGGUGGCAGUCUGAAGCGAGGUGUUGGAAUUGCUAUGCAUGUUGGAGCAGGAAACCUUGGAGGUGUUCUUGCCGCCUUUAUUUACCUGCCAAAGGAUAGACCAGAGUUUCAUCAAGGGCACGGCAUACUAAUUGGUGUUAUCACAAUGUCUUUCUGCCUUUGUACAUUCAUGAGAUGGUGGCUGAAGCAAGAAAAUGCUCGAAGGGAUCAGUGGGCCGUUGAGAAUAAUCUAUUUCCAGGCAACUACACAGUGGAACAGAAGCGACUGGAGAGAGCCAAAGGAGAUUAUGCUACCUUUUUCAGAUACACUCUCUGAGUUGGG